AUGGUUUUCAGCAACUCGAACGCGUCUGUCUCGCUAUUCCGGCUCGUCGCGCUGGUCGCAACUCUGUCCCACCUCGUUUUCACCUUUGUCGAUGCUCACGGCUACGUCACUUUUCCCGCAUCGCGUGCCUACAUGUGCAAGCAAGGUCAGGCCAAGAAUUGCGGUGAGAUUCAGUACGAGCCGCAAUCCGUCGAGGCUCCAAAGGGUCUCCCUUUCGCCCGCAAGGGCGACGGUCAACUUUGUUCAGCUGGUCUCGGUCAGUUCUCUCAGCUGGAUCGCCAAGGACCCAGCGCUUGGCCCACCACAAAGGCCAGCGGUGUUCACUCUUUCUCAUGGACCUUUACCGCGCAGCACGCCACCACCGACUUCAAGUACUUCAUCACCAAGGCUAACUGGGACUCGUCCAAGACCAGCGGUCUUUCUGCCAGCGACCUUGAGUCUGACCCAUUCCUCACGGUCUCGAUGAACGGAAAGGCGCCUCCCAGAACCAUGAAUCACGACCUAUCCAAAGCCAUGCCAUCGCGUUCGGGCUACCACGUUGUGUAUGCUGUCUGGACCGUUGACAACACGGCCAAUGCGUUUUACCAGUGUCUGGACCUUGAUUUCGGCGGCGGCAACAGCAGCAGCAGCAGUAGCAGCAGCAACAGUAGUGCAACGAGCACAACUGGUUCAUCGUCUGCCGCUUCGGCUGCCACUUCAUCCACCACUUCGUCUUCGGUCAGCGAGAGUGGAACCGCUUCGACCGCGUCUGGUUCUGGUUCUGACGACGACUCGUCUUCUUCGGGCGACUCCUCUAAUGGAUCAUCUUCUGACAACAAUGGAGGCUCAAGCGGCUCGACAACUAUGCCCAAGAGUCAAAUAGCUCAGAGCGGCGCUUGCCGUAUGAAGAAGCGUCGACGUUCUCCCAAUGCUUCCGUCCUUGCAGCUCGCGGCGAUUACCGACGACACAAGUCGCAGAUGCGCCGCGAUCGUCAGGGCUGA